AUAGAAAAGAGCAUUAAACUUCCCCAUAUAUAGGAGAAGUAUUAGCAGCAUAAACGCUAAAUAGAGGAACUUUAUAUAAGGAGAGGCGGAGGCGAUGGACAUCUCAAAAGCCUACUCAGAGGUGACUCCAGCAGUUCCUUCAUGGCUAAACAAAGGGGACAACGCAUGGCAAAUGACAGCAUCGACUCUCGUAGCCAUCCAGAGCAUGCCUGGACUUGUCAUCCUCUACGCAAGCAUCGUCAAGAAAAAAUGGGCUGUCAACUCUGCAUUCAUGGCCCUUUACGCCUUCGCCGCCGUCCUUAUUUGCUGGGUUCUUCUGUGCUAUCGGAUGGCCUUCGGAGACCAGCUUCUCCCUUUCUGGGGUAAGGGUGCUCCAGCUUUAGGCCAAAAGUACCUCGCUGCCCGAGCUAAUGUCCCUGAAAGUACCCACGAAAAUGAAAAUGGCGAAAGUGAGACUGUUGAGCCUUACUACGCCAUGGCAACUCUCGUCUACUUUCAAUUCACUUUUGCUGCUAUUACGCUUAUUCUGCUUGCGGGUUCAGUUCUUGGUCGUAUGAACAUUAAAGCUUGGAUGGCUUUUGUGCCUUUAUGGCUUAUAUUCUCUUAUACAGUUGGUGCUUUUAGUCUCUGGGGUGGCGGCUUUCUUUAUCAAUGGGGUGCAAUCGAUUACUCCGGUGGCUACGUUAUUCACCUCUCCUCAGGAAUUGCAGGGCUAACGGCAGCUUACUGGGUUGGGCCAAGGAUAAAAAGCGACAGGGAGAGAUUUCCGCCGAAUAACGUAUUGCUGAUGCUCGCCGGAGCAGGGUUGCUGUGGAUGGGGUGGUCGGGCUUCAACGGUGGCGCACCAUAUGCAGCUAAUAUCGAUGCUUCGAUUGCGAUAUUAAACACUAACAUAAGCGCAGCUACGAGCUUGCUAGUGUGGACGUCUCUAGAUGUUGUGUUCUUUGGGAAACCGUCGGUAAUAGGAGCUGUUCAGGGCAUGAUGACUGGUCUAGCUUGCAUUACACCAGGCGCCGGGCUGGUUCAAUCUUGGGCGGCCAUUAUAAUGGGAAUGCUUUCUGGAAGCAUUCCUUGGGUGUCUAUGAUGGUGCUUCACAAGAAAUCUACGUUGCUUCAGAAGGUGGAUGACACUUUAGGUGUAUUUCACACCCACGCGGUGGCCGGCUUGCUGGGUGGGCUGCUCACAGGACUCCUAGCAGAGCCAGAUCUCUGCGAGCUUGUUCUACCAAAGAAAACAAGAGGUGCAUUUUACGGUGGAAACGGUGGGAUGCAAUUCUUGAAGCAAAUGGCUGCAGCCUCGUUUGUAAUAGCAUGGAACAUAGUCUCCACAACAAUAAUUCUUUUAGCUAUAAGGUUGUUUAUACCGUUGAGAAUGCCGGAGGAGCAACUUGAGAUCGGAGACGAUGCUGUUCAUGGAGAGGAAGCUUAUGCUCUUUGGGGUGAUGGAGAAAAAUAUGACCCAACUAGACAUGGUUGGAACACAUCUAUGCAUGGAGUGGAAGUUACACCUUCGCCUUAUGGUAAAGGUGCUAGAGGUGUUACCAUCAACUUAUAAGAUUGCUUUGCGUAUGUUAGUUGGAUAGUGAGAGUGUUAGAGGUAUGCGAUAUUAACAACUAUCCACAUUAAUUGUUGUGUAUUGUUGGAUGAUCUAUUACUUUCUAUAGUUUUGCCUUUCUUCCUCGCUAGAAGUGGUGAGUCUCUCUUUGGACAUUUCAUUAUGUGGUGAUGGACUGAAAGAUCACACAGCGGCAUGGUUGAUUGAGAAGAUGUAUCUCGUAUUGGAGUCUUCUCUUAGAUUUUCUUUGUAAAAUUUUCACCCAUUGCAUAUCUAAGUAGGCGUUUAAGCCUCUCUAUUAUUCGAAAUUUAUAUGUUUGUUGAUG